GCUGCAGCGGCAUCCCAGCCCGCAGGAUGGAUGGCCCUUUCCCUCCGCCUUCUCUCCUUUAAGGAUGCUUCCGCGUGUAACUUGAGACAACCAGCCAGGAGCCACGUCACCCAGCGCUGCUCCGGGGCUGCUGAGAGGACAAAACCUAACUUUGCACAGGCCCUGCACAGAAGGGAAAGGCGGCGACGGGGACGCAGUUCUGGGAGAGAGAAAAGUCCAGGGACGUUGGGGCAGGGGACGUGGAGCCUCGGGAAGGCGGAGAGAAGAGAGCUGCGGACUCUGAGAGAAGGGAAAGUUCAGCCGGAGGAAAGCUUACGCUCGGCUGAGGACGGAGCUCCCCGCGGGGUUUUACAGCUGCCCUCGCCCACCGCCGCCAUGAACAUCUUCCGCAUCCUGGGGGACGUCUCCCACUUGUUGGCCAUCAUCAUCCUGCUGGUGAAGAUCCACAGGUCCAAGUCCUGUGCUGGUAUCUCGGGGAAAAGCCAGAUUCUUUUUGCCCUCGUCUUCACUACCCGCUACCUGGACCUGUUCACAACCUUCAUCUCCCUCUACAACACCGUGAUGAAGGUCAUUUUUUUGAUAUGUGCCUACAUCACCGUGUACAUGAUCUACGUGAAAUUCCGGAAAACUUUUGACAGUGAGAACGACUCCUUUCGCCUGGAGUUCCUCCUGGUCCCUGUAACAGGCCUGUCCUUCCUGGAGAACCACAGCUUCACCCCCCUGGAGAUACUCUGGACCUUCUCCAUCUACCUGGAGUCUGUAGCUAUCCUCCCUCAGCUCUUCAUGAUCAGCAAGACAGGGGAAGCAGAGACCAUCACAACGCAUUACCUUUUCUUCCUGGGCCUCUAUCGUGCCCUCUAUAUCGCCAACUGGGUCUGGCGCUACCACACCGAGAAGUUCUACGACCAGAUUGCUGUGGUCUCCGGGGUGGUACAGACCAUCUUCUACUGCGACUUCUUCUAUCUCUACGUUACCAAAGUCCUAAAAGGAAAGAAGCUAAGCCUUCCAAUGCCUGUUUGAAGCCAUUUCCAGACAACGCCAGAAAUUCCAAAGAUGAAACUCUAUUGACCACAGCUUUCCUUUCCUGGCCCUUGGUGACUGAAGAAUGGCUCAGCUGGGCUUCACUCCAGUGCCAGGAAGACAGCGAGGCCAGGACAGCUGGUAUGCUUGUCACCUGGAUGAGACCCUCCCUCCAUUUUGUUGCGUUUCUUCUCACUUGAAAUUGGUGCUAAUAAGUAGUGCUGGCCAAUGCUAAGGAACACAGCUUGUUUUCUCCCUGCUCUUCCUAGCACUCACCUCCAUAACAUGCCUCUACCUUACCCACAAGAAGCAAAAGGGAACUGUCACACUCCUCCAGUCCCCAACAAAUCGUGAGGAGGGCAUGUUAUCGUGAGUCUGAUAACGUAUACAAAGGUCACUGGCCCUGUGUGCAACCACAGAACUGCCCAAGUUGGAAUGGACCCACAGAGACUGAGUCCCACUCCUGGCUCCACACAGGACCAUCCAAAAUUCAACUGUUACACCACCGGUACGUGAACACUGCCCUCCAAAAAUUGACUCUGCUUGAACCCCCCUCUAUUAAGGUCAGCGUUACCUUCACACGGCAAGAAUCUUCCAUUCCACAGGUAUUCCAGCACCCUCCCCACUCACCCAUCUCCAGUGAGGGUUCCUCACGUUCUACAGAUGAGGGACAUUUCAAUUAUAAUUCAGUGGGUUGCCAACAGAUGUUCCCAACCCCCUUGGAUUUGACUCCUUUUAACUGGGAAGAACGGGGGCAAACGUUUGUUUUACGCUCCAAAAACAAUAAAGACAAAAUUCACA